AUGAAAGUGCUAAGGUUCAAUCAGGAUGCUAGUUGCUGCGUGGUAAAUUCAGGUGCCAAUGAAUUGACUGUAUAUAACUGUGAUCCAUUUGGGAAAUGCUUUGAGUUUAACAUUAGUAAUGUUAAUGGUGAUAGCAAUGAUAAUGGUAUAGGCUAUGAUAGUUUGGAAGCUGGUUCUUCUUCUAUAGAGUCGCAAGUGAUUGCCGAAAUGCUAUUUUCCACAAGUUUGCUGGCGGUGGUCGAUAAAGGGCAAGGUAUUAACACCGGGAAGAAACUGAAAAUUGUGAAUAUUAAGAAACGAUCUUUAAUUUGUGAAAUUGCAUUUCCUAGUUUGAUCGUUGAUGUUGUGAUGAAUAGAAAGAGGAUUUGUGUUCUUUUAGAUAAUGACCAAAUUUUUAUAUAUGACAUAUCCUGCAUGAAGUUAAUGGAAACCCUUGAUCUUUGGGAAAGUAAUAAUGAGGGUAAUUUAAAUGAUCAUAUUAAAGUAGGGGAAAGAGCAAGUAACAUGAUAAAUGAAAAUCUAAAGAAUGGCAAUGAAUUAGAUAGGAUUAGAAGCAAAAGCAACAAUAACAAUGACCAAACAAAUUCUGACAAUGGAAGAAGUAGAACAUAUUCUAUAAACGGCUCUCAUAAAAUAAAACCUCAGCUAACAUUAAGUGGUAAUGACAACAGUAUCCUUUGCUAUAGUAAAUACUCCUCAUCAAAACAAAAUCCGGCUCGCAUAUUGAAUGAUAUUGUUGUCUAUGAUGCUUUGAAUUUGAAGCCUAUUAACUAUCUGAAUUCUGUACAUAAAGGAUGUGUGUUGAAGACUAGUGUUAGUAUCGAUGGUAAGCUCUUGGCCACGGCGUCUGAAAAGGGCACUAUUAUUCGAAUACAUAAAACAGGAGUGGAUUCGGAUUUUGCUUCGGGACCCUUGCUAUAUAAAGAAUUCAGAAGAGGUUCGAGGCCAAGCCACAUUCAUCAACUGCUGUUUAAUAAAGAUAGUACAUUAUUGGUUUGUGUUGGAGAUAGCGAUACCAUACAUAUAUUUAGGACAGACGACGAUGGAUUGGCAUUAGAUGGAAUAGAUGGAGAUAUUGGGAGCGACAGUGGUGGUAGUUUAGAGUUGAUUAAAAAUAGGAUACCGCAUGAACAAGUCAAAAAGUUUUUCUCAAGAAAGAUCAAAUCCCAUAUUCCUAAUCAAAACCUACAUCGAGAUUUUGCACAUAUAAAUAUGGAUAGAAUUGUGCACACGGUAGUUGGUUUCCCAGAAGAGUUUGAUAACAAAAUAUAUGUCGCAUCUGAUGAUGGUAGUUUCAAAACUUACACGAUACCUUCAAAGCAUGGACAAUGUGUUCUAAAUAAAACAAGUCAUUUUAUAUAG